GUGUGUUACUUUUGCGUCUCCAACGGAAUAUACGUGAUAAUUGAACAUGAGUGUUGUUUCCGAGCUCGAAUUUGCCAAUAAAUUCCAGAGCUUGAUAAACUUUGUCUGUCCCGAGAGAAUAACCAGGGAAAUAAAAUACACAAACUGUGGGUUCGGACAUAUCAAUACUCCGGUGUUUUACCGUGGCGGCGAGCGGUCCAUCGUCAGCCUGACUAUCAAGUCACUCCGUGCUCCUAAAUUCGAGUACGAGUUCAAGUUCGAUUCUACCACCUCGAUUUACAGGGUCAAGGAGGAGCUGGCAAAGACGAUUGGCAGUUCUCCGGACCAUCUCACAUUGAUGCUCAAGACGAAGACUGUACAUGAUGAAGACCUUCUGGAAAAGUACGCAACGGAAGGAACGUUGAAAUUGAAUGCCAUAGUGAAGGCCAAGCCAGAAUCGACAGAAACGACACACCAAGCUCCCCAGACUACGUACAGCCUAUCACCCGAAGCAUGGGCCAAGAUCUCGCAGAUUCUCGAGUUGGAGAUCCCUGAUGAGACUGCCAGAAACCAGUACCUGCAGAAGCUGAAGAGAGUGAGAAUUUGAGCACGUAUCAAUAGCCACGGAAUACAAGUGAUUUUUCAAUUCUGGGCAAAGCUGCUGUUACUCUGCAAGCCCAUUGCUCGUGCUUGGCUCUCUCUUUGGGCGUGUAUCCACGCUAUUGUGCACGCUAUCGUACGCCAGCCAGUUUAUAGUGUGGCCGCUAUGUUGCGAAAGCAACUACAGUAGGACACAGGUAGCUCUAUAGUGGCUCUAUAGCCCGACUAAUUCUCUAACCAUUAACUGUGGCAAGCGUCAAGAUAACGCAUCGUCUGCAACGGUCAAAUGGCUGUCUGAAGAUAAGGCAAGAACUGAAUAGCAGCUGGCAGAUUGGUGGCCAUGUCACACUACAGUCAGGUCCGUGGCGCACUCCAAACGGC